AUGGCAAAUAAUCAAGGUCCACCACCAUCGCCAAAUCAAUCUUCGGGUGACGAAUCUGGAGCUGAUAAAUCGAAGGAAUUUAAGCCGAAUAAGAAUGUUAAUGUGAGUGAAAAAUUGAUAUUUUACCUCGAAAAACACCUAUUUUUCAGCCAAAAAGAAAGAGAAAGUAUCACAAGAGACAAUGUAAAGGUGGUUCAAGUUACGACGAAGCGAAAGAAAGACGCACAAAUUAUUACAAACCUUUGAAUGUAUAUGGCAAAACUAAAGAGGAACUUGAGCUGUUGGAUCCAUAUAAUUUGAGAAGAGAAUUGCCUGAAAGUGUAGCAUUAUUUGAGAAAGCAAAAAUGGAGGAGGAGGAGAAACGAUUGGAAGAAGAAUGGAAAGAUUUGAAGACACCGGCUCCACCAGAUGUGGAUAUUCUUGAGCAGGUCUGGCCUGAUUGGAUAGACGUUGUUCCACGUGAAGAGUUGGAACAACGUCUAACCAAUUGGUCCAGACAUUGUCCACCGCCUCCCAGAUGGCGUCGCAGUGAAGUUGACUGCGACGUCGCGUUGAAUUAUUGGAGAGAGAAGAAAGAUAAGGAGACUUUGGAUGCUAGUGGAAUGCCGGCCACUACUUCGAAUGCACCGAUUCCGGAAGAUGCGCAUAUGGAGGAUAAUGAUGAUGAUGACAGCGGUGAAGAUGAGAUUUGA